AUGUCUGAUCAAGACACUCACCCAAAUAAUUUCAGUGAAUUGCGAAGUAUCUUCAAAACCUACAUCGAUUCAUACAAUGCAAUUUAUCAGCUCAAAACCCAAAAUGAAGAAGAAUUAAAUAAAAUUUACAAAAUGAUCAAAACAGAAUUGAUUGAUUCAAAGAAAUAUCUACCUAAAUAUGUUAUAAAAGACAUUUUAAAUAUUGUUACAUAUAAUAAUCGCUAUACAAAGUCAUAUUUAUCUCUUGCCAAACUCAUAUCUGAUGAAUAUCAUGUCAAAGAGGUCAAUAAUAUCAAAAUUAUUUCAAACUUCCUAUUUUUCAAAGAAUAUGGAAUUAAAUUAGACAAGUUUACUGAAUUCGGAAAAUUUUAUAUUAAAAAUUUCAAUAUUCAUACAGAAAAUACAAUUUACAGAGCAAUUAUGUAUAAUAACCUAGAAAAAUUCAUCUCAUUCACCGAAAGAGAAGGAUUUAAUGAAGAUCAAGCACUUGAAAACGAAUUAUAUCCAUAUGAAUUUAUGGUUGGAAGAUAUUCAUUACUUGAAUUAUGUUGUUACCAUGGAUCAGUUGAUUGUUUCAAGUUUUUAAGAACGAAAUUUAACUCAAAAAUGCCUAGAAUUUUCCUUUUUAGGAGGAAAUCAAGAGAUCAUGAGUGA